CUCUUUAGUUGUUUACUCUGUGAGAUCAGAAGUGGCGUCCGUGACAAACGUUGAUGCGACGAUAUUAUUUUUGUACGGAUUGAAAUCCGUUUGAAUCUGCGAUUCCUAUUGAAUAUUUGUCUACUUAUAGUGUUGAUUGCCCAAAAGUAAACUGCUAAAAUGUCGAUCGGCGUACCAAUAAAAGUACUUCACGAAGCCGAAGGUCACGUUAUAACCUGUGAAACGAACACCGGUGAGGUUUAUCGCGGGAAAUUAAUAGAAGCUGAAGAUAACAUGAACUGUCAAAUGCAAAAUCUCACGGUCACGUAUCGUGAUGGUCGUGUUGGUCAACUGGAAAAUGUUUACAUUAGGGGUUCAAAAAUUAGAUUUCUCAUAUUACCUGAUAUGCUGAAAAAUGCUCCAAUGUUUAAACGACCCGGUGGCAAAGGCUCUGGUACAGCAGGCAGAGGAAAAUCUGCAAUACUACGCGCACAAGCUCGGGGUAGAGGACGAGGACAAAACCAGAGAGGAAGAGGUACAGGAUCAGCACCUUGGCUUAAUCAGCAGAAUCAGCCCGGAGGUUCACAACCAGGAAGAGGAAGAGGAUAAAUAAUUUGAAGAACUGACACCAGCUUUUUCUAUCAUCGACUGUAUCAAAGUUCAUUCUUUCGUCGAUACGUUUAUAAGAGCUGUAAAGCUGAUUCCAUUUAAAAGUAAAUUACAACCAAACAUACCUGUAGCGUUGCACAGGUAACCACUAAUAUAAUUAAUAAUAACAACAUAAAUCAACUAGCAUUUACAAUUGAUCGAUUUAUUUUAUUCGCUAUCAAGCUUCACAGUAAAAGCGAAAUACAGUCCUUCAUACUUGUUCCACUUUUGUUCGUGUUUCGGGCAUAAAAUUGAUUUUAUACCUUUUCUCCUGGGUAUAUCGUCUGUAGUAAAUACAAAAAGUUGAAUUUCUAAUAAAAAUGUUCGGUCGAUCAUUUUCAUACCAA